AUGUUGACCACGCGCCUUCUUGUCUUCCGCGAACAGCAUCUCUGGAAGGAAGUCGAUAAAGUGUGGAUGCAUAUCUUUCGGAAAGGACUACAAGCUAGUCUGCCGCUGCAUCAGGCUCGAAAUAUUACACUCGGCAUAGUGGACCAAUCGUCAAAGCCUGUCGUCCUUAUGGACGAGCUUAUCAGGACGGUGGUAGACUCGAAUGGGGCGAAUGUACUGCCAGCUCAACGUUUUGCCCUUGCGGUUCCGCUUACACGCUACAUGAGCAGUCUCGACUUGCAGAAUCACCACGCUGACAUCCAGAAAGUUGUUCAGUUGUUUCAGAGACCUGGCUUCCAACUGUCCGGCAGCAACUGGAACAUCUACGUGCAGUGUCUGUGUCGUUCUUACAGUCCAGAGGAUCGCUUAAGAGCAUUUGACAUCUUCGCGACUAAGUUGUUCCCAUUCAUGCCAUCAUACCGUGUGCUCGACAAGAACCGGUGGAUCGCGCCUGAAGCUUACGAGGCGACGCCUCGGCAUCGAAUGCACACUCUACCUGCGACGUCCUUCCGCAUGCUGACUAGGGUAUACCCGGACGCUACACCGCCAUCCUACAUGACAGUCGUGUACCUUGCCCGCACUCUGCUCGACUUCGAGAAGAGGGCACAAAAAGGCGAUGAUCAUUACAUUAAGUUCGUCCAGGGCAUGUACCCCGAUCAGUUCAGACGGAUCCUGCAGCUACCCCAACUUCCAGAUCGUAUCCAGCUUGCGCUCCUGCUGAGAUAUCGGCCAUACUCUCGAACGCCAAAGCCGCCGCAAACCCCUGUCGUUACAGACAGUGGUGUCCUCGGCCCGGAGCCGUUACUCGACCAUUUCACAUUCGAACGAAUCGAGCGACGAGGCAAGGCUAUAAGUGCCAGGGGACGUACCAUGGAUCGUAGUCAAGAAGCGGAGGAUAUUGCCUUCGCUGAGAAAGUGCUCGGCGAAAUUCCACGGGAACGACAAUACCUUGACGUGCGUUGGGAGACGGCCGCAGAGCAGUCACUGCGGAUAGCAUCGCAAGAGCAAGAAUACCUACGGCGCGUCCAGGCAGCGGACGACAUGAUUAGAAACCCGGGUGUCGCUAUGACCAUGAGCAAGCAAUCGGGCGACAUCACUCUCAAGACACAUCAGGACUGGGAUAGCGUCGAGGACACUAAGAAGCUCCUGAAACAAGCUCUCGAUCGGAUCGGUGCCAAGUCCUCAGAAGUUGUUCCACAGCAGGAUGAGGGGUCAGUACAGGCGAAGGACACCGAAUCAGAGCCCCGGAUACGCACAAGACCAGGAAGCGUAGACCUCAGCGACGUGAAAAGGCUCAGCGAUCUCGCUACGCAGAGUAUUACUGAAUACGACCAGAAAGCAGCAAGAACCAGGCGGGCAGGAACACCGCACGCGACCAUCAAGUACAGCUGGCCGCUCACCCGUCGCUUCUUGCCCCCUCUGAGACGGAAGGCAUACCUCGAUACCGCUAAGAGGAAGCAGGCUGAACAGCGUGCGCAGAUCUCGUUGCAGGAUGCACGUGAUCGGGAGUAUCAGAAGCGACUUGCUAUGGCGCAGGGGCCUGCCGAAAAUAGCCAUCAAGCCUGGUCGCCCCUGUUUGCGAGAAGUCGGGAGCUGCCAUCCAAUGAUCAACGUACUCUCGACCAGCAAGCUCGCAGUGUCCAAGCUGCCAAAGAUGCAAUGCUUCAACGUCUGCAGGAAUCGAACGUUUCAGACGGAUUCGGCGAUGAGGAGCCUCGAAGUUUUCCAAGAGAACAAUCGGAUUCAUCAUUUUGGGACGCUGGCAGCAGUCUCGGCGGUACGGGAGCUUUCACUGACCUGGCGCCAGACACAACGAAUCGGUACUUGGGAGAGCCUCCUCAAGACGAGUUCGGUAACUUGCAUUCGGCAAGUCAGAGUGCGUUCGGGCCUGAGAGCGUGCCGCCAGGCACUUUGACGCACGAAGAGUUGGCUGAAGUCCUGGGCAAGCCAAAGAAGAAGAAGUCGGUGAGGAAAUCGCGGUAA